AUGACUGAUGAAUUCAAUCGAUAUUAUAUCAAAAUUCGAGCUAUUUUGGGAAUAGAUUCAAAAACAAUCUUUGACGAACUUACAGAGGCAUUGGGACCUGAUGCUCCAUCAUAUCCAACAGUCAGAAGAUGGGCGAAACGUUUUCGUGAAGGAAGAGACGAUGUCACUGAUGAUCCUCGAUCUGGUCGUCCGAUUUCGGUACUUACAGAUGAAAAUGUUGAACGCGUUCGACAAGUUAUCGAAGAUGAUCCACACUCAACUUAUGAUGAUAUUAUGGGUGAGACUGAUCUAUCACGUGGUACAAUAGAACGAAUUAUUCAUGAUCGUCUAAAGAUGAGAAAAGUUACAUCACGUUGGGUUGCUCAUCAACUUACUGACGAACAAAAACAAAAACGACUUAGAAUUUGUCGUCAAAAUUUAGAGAAAUUUAGAAAUGGAACAUGGCAUUUAUGUGAUGUUAUUACUGGUGAUGAGACAUGGAUUUAUCACAGGCAGAUUGGUCGAAAGUCAAGCAAUGCUACUUGGGUUGGCGAAAAUGAACCACCAAGAACCAUUGUUCGUCGGAAUAGAUUUGAACCUAGAACACUAUUUUGCUUCUUCUUCAAAUCCACUGGUUCUCUUCUCAUACACAAAGUAGAUAAGGGCAAGACAAUCGAUCAUGACUACUAUAUUGAUAAUUGUCUUAUACCUGUUAUCAAUGAAAUAAGAAAAAAGGAAAAGUCAUCACGUACUACAUAUAAAAUGCUUCAUGAUAAUGGUCCUCCUCAUACUCAUCCAGAUGUUAUUGAUUAUUUAAUGGAGGAAGGAAUCGAAAUCAUUCCACAUCCACCGUAUUCACCAGAUCUCGCACCGUAUUAUGAUGCUGCACAAGAUGCUGUUGUAACUCUUGUGAAUUUGAACAAUUAUAAUAAAAAUAAGAGUGAAAUAUUUGGCUCAAUUCUUCCAGUUAUCUCAGUUACAGCCAGCUUUCCUACUCAAAAAAGUAUCAUUGAUGAAUUUACAUUGAAUAAAGAACAACGAGCUGCAUUCAUGAUAAUAACCAGUCAUCUUGAUGGUGACACUCGAUGUCGCACAGGUGACAAUAAUGGACAGCUCAUAAUGUGCAUACCUGGAUGCGGUGGAACAGGCAAAUCACAACUGAUUCGUGCUCUCACCAAAUAUUUCCUUAUUACAAAACGAAUGCAAAUGAUGCGGAAGCUUGCUCCCACUGGAAUUGCUGCUGCUGAAAUUGAUGGGAUGACAAUUCAUUCAUUCUUGGGUGAACAACGUAAUUCUGGAAAGUCCCGAACUAUUAAACCAGGUGAUUCAAAGCUUGAAAAAGAAUGGAGACUCAUCGAAUAUCUCUUAAUUGAUGAGAUGAGUAUGGUUGGUUUAACUCUAUUAGCCAAACUUAACCGAAUUAUUUGUGCUGCAAAACAUGCCGAUCCUCAAGUUCCAUUUGGUGGGGUAAACGUUAUCUUCUUUGGUGAUUACCUACAGUAUCGACCUGUCUAUGAUGCACCAUUGCACACCGAUUUUUCAUUACCAUCAAAAAAGAAAUCAGUCAAAAUGCCAACUGAAAAAGAAAUUCAACAACGCGUUGCACGUUCUUUAAUUCUUCAAAUCAACUGUGUGGUAAAACUUACUCAACAGAUGCGAACGGAAGAUUUACGAUAUCUUCAGCUCCUCGAACGAUUUCGUCAUGGACAAUGUAAUUACGAUGAUUAUGAAUUAUUACUGACACGAGUAGUUGGACAACCAUCAGUAGGUUCUCUUCAUGAUUCACCAUGGAAUCAAGCUCCUAUUCUCGUGUUCCGAAAUGAAGUUCGAACACAAUUAAACAACAAGGCAGCCGUUUACAAUGCGGCACAACUGAACUGUACACCGAUGGUAUGUGUGGCUCAAGAUUCUUGUAAAGGCAAACAAAUUGAAGAUCCUAUACUCUUAAAAAAAUUAAUAGAAUUAUCUGAUAGUAAAACAGAGCAUUUACCUGGUUUAUUACCUUUUGUUCCUGGAAUGCCUGUUAUCUUAACACAAAAUAUUGCUACUGAACUGGGUCUUAUCAACGGUAUUAAUGGAAUCUUUCGGCAAUUAGUUUACCAUAAAGAUUCAGCGUCAACAGAUGUUUUGUCAGAAAUAUUUCCGAACAACACACAAUAUAUUCGUCAACCAAUAUAUGCAUUAAUAGAAAUUGCUAAAUCGAAGAUUGAAAGCAAUUUUGAAGAACUUUCACCAAAGCUUAUUCCAAUACCGUUAGUGGAACAAACAUUUCGUGUCGACAUUGCCGAUAUUCUUCCAAAAGAUAAAAAGUUAAAAUCAAAUAAAAAGGCAAUUUUAUCAAUUAAACGACGUGCACUACCGCUGGUACCUGCCUAUUGCAUUACAACACAUAAAAGUCAAGGCCAAACUUUAAAUAACGUGGUUAUUGAUCUGAAGCUGCCAAAUGAAACUGAUGAUAUUGCUGCAGUUUAUGUACCAUUGUCGCGUGUGAAACGUUUGGUUGAUUUAGUUAUUUUACGGCGAUUUGAUUACAAGGUUUUACUUAUCAAACCAAG